AUGGUGUCUUUUGCAGAAAUCCUGAGAUUGGCAGCCGAUGAAUUGUACCAUGCUCGCUUAAGCAAGCCUCUGUCCGAAAUGUCUAAGAGCGCCUUGAGACUCGACCAGUCAUCGGUCGAGUGGCGACAGAAUCUCCCGUCGUCCCUCAAUCUGGACAAGAGCUCUCUGUCGGAGCCAGAAUGGAUCAGCAAACAGAAAGUGGUUUUGAAACUACGCUUUUGGUACACAAGAAUCAUCCUACACAGGCAGUUCCUCAUAGCGGCGUCAACUCAGAGGGACCUAAGCUCUUCUUCAACUCAUAUUGACCUUUGCGUACGUGCAUCACGACAAACUAUCUCGCUGUUGUACGACACCUAUUUUCACCGACCAUAUUUUCGGACGUGGUACAACGCUACGUACACGCUAUAUGCCAGUAUGAUCAUUCUUUAUCUUCUCUUCUGGGACUUUGACCGUGUUACGCGUACAGAAUUGAUUGAAGAGGUAGAAAAGAGCCUGGAGAUCCUCAACUCAAUGGAUACAAUCUAUGUUGCGCGUAGCUGCUCACAUCUGAUCCAUGAAAUGCUUCAAAUUGCAAAGAAACCACCAAGGUCUUAUGCCAGUCAACACAGACUUACAAACCUCCCUGCGAUCCACAAUGCCAGUUCUGCACGAGCCAAUCCUGGCCCGGGGGAUAAACUUACAGCAAACGAUCUUGGUGAAUCUCCACGGAAUAUUAUGCUGCACCCUUCAGCUACGACCCAAUCCGAACUACUGAAUAGUCUCAUUGAUUUCGACUUCUUGGGUGAUUUUGCUGGAUUGGGGGAUUUGAACAUGUACUUGAAUGGAUCUGGAGGAGAGCUACCCUUCGACGUUCCGCAUGACCUGCAAGAGCAACAAAAUUCCCGACUCGGAAAUGCACCCAUGUUUGCCGAUUCUGUUGAUUUCGUGCGAGGGACCGAAAAUGGUGUCUGGAUGGGUGUAUCGCCUGAGGUCGAGUCUGACAUACACGAUCCGUUCGGGGCUUUGCAUCCCGACUCGUGGAUUUAA